AGAUGUCGCAGUCUUAAUCCCUCCCCUCAUGCACCUGGCUUGGAUCGUCGAUAAAGAACGCAUGUUUACCUACGCUUCUGAUCAUGGAGUCGAUUGCAUGAUCCACGACAACAAAGGCCAUCGUCGUAACUACUAUGGCGCCGUCAUCAGGCCUUGGUAUGUUUUAUGGAGGACCACGACUUACCGUUUGACGAUCGGAUCGACGUUGUAUACGUCUGCGAUGGCAAUUUCGAUCCGGAUCCUACCAAGAUUCGUACGAAUUUUCAGCUUGCUGUGACCAUCGGGACGAACUACCACGGCGCCAUAUCGAAGGACUUUGCCGCGAAGAUUCAGGAUCUCGUUGCUCCCGGCGUCAGGCCUCGUUGGUUCUUGGACAGGGAUGAAUGGACGUGGACAAAGUCACCGGGUCUGGACAAGCUGAGAGAAAGGCCAAGCAGCAACGAGUGCUCGCCAAUUCCGUGAACGAAUCUGGCAAGCCAGUCGAUAUGAACGCCGGUUCAUAGGCUUCCCGGAGCUCUCGCCUGUACAACCACUCUUGUCGUCAUACUUCCAUCGUCGCCGCUUCGCUUUGUUUUGGUUUAGCUUUUAAGCCAUCGUUCAUGUCUGUUUCCC